UUUAGUUGCCAUAACAACCACACAAGAGUUGUUUAUAUUUUGUUUUGAAAUGUCAAAUUCGUAGCUAGCCAAACCGUUGAGAACAAAGUCUGAUAAUCAAUAAAACCUCACAAAUCCUCAUUGAAAAUCAGUUUGCUGUAGAUCAAACAAAAACUUCUAUCCACUGUACCUGGAACUUGUUUAUCAAAUUCAAAACUUCUUGUUUACAGUACCUACAAUGCUUAACUUCCAAGUUACAUUACCUCAAGAUUUGAAAGAGGCAGCUAGAAUUGAAAAAGCAAGACAGAAUGAAGAAGAAAGAAAAGCAAGGAUUUUCAAUUCAAGACAGCGUUUGAUUGGUGUAGAUCUUGAAGGACUCAAGAAGCAGAUAGAAGAAAAGAAAACACGGGAGGAGGAAGAGAGAAAAAUAGAAGAAGCUUAUGUAAAGAAACAAAUUAGAGAUAGUGAAAUAGCAAAACGUCUGGAAAGUCAAAUUGAAGAGAACAGACGCAGAUUGAACGAGGAUGUCAACGAGUUUCGCAAACAGUACCAACGGGCGGAAGAUCGUAGAGAGUUUGACCUCUACGACCCUGACGGACUGAAGAAGAGUUUGCCCUGUCGUCUUCUCGAUGAUGACCCUCGUCUCAGUAUUUCUUCAGCUCAGAAGUUUGAAGGGGAGGACCUCGCUACCGAGGCUCGUAAAAAGAUACAAACCGAGCAACAGAAGGCGUGGCUCGAACAACAGAUGUUGGAGCGAUGUCGCGCCGACAAGGAGCGAGAAGAAGCUGAGAAUGUUUACCACGAGGCACUAGUCGCACUAAUCUUUUGGUGAAUUACACUACAAAGCAAUAUUGUGAAAUGGUAUUAAAAUCAAAAGUUUAGAACUAAAUAAUAGAAGAUUUUAAAGCAACAAUAAAACAAAAAGUUAGCUACAUUAACAAAAGAGGAAAAAAUUCUUUGGCGCAAAUGAUUUUCAUAUUCGCUUCUUCAUCUAUUUCCUCAAGUAUUUACGUGACAUUCGAGAGAUAGGCCUAACACACAAUCCUAAGCCUCACGCGAAAACAUACAAGAUGAUUUAUCAAACAUUUUUACAACAACAAUAUUUAAGUCUCACAACCAACACAAAUACACUAGUACAAAAAUUGGAAUGCAUAAAGAAAUUCUAGUUUGG